CUCCUCCGCCUCUCCGCUCGCCACGCCGACGCCGACCUCGCCAGGGCCGUCCACGCCUCCGCUCUCAAGCUCGAAAGCGACACCCAUCUCGGCAAUGCUCUCGUCUCCGCCUAUCUCAAGCUGGGCCUUGUUCCCCAAGCUUACCGCGUUUUCCAGAGCCUCCCGUCCCCCAAUGUCGUCUCCUUCACCGCCAUGGUUUCCGGUUUCGCCAAGUCCGGCCGGGAACAACAGGCGGCGGAGCUUUUCUGUAGGAUGAGGAGGUCAGGUAUUGAGCCUAAUGAGUACAGCUUUGUAGCAAUGUUGACUGCUUGUAUUCGAGUUUUCGACCUCGAAUUGGGUCAGCAAGUUCACGGUUUGGCGGUUAAGAUGGGGUACUUGGACCGUGCUUUUGUUUCGAAUGCGGUGAUGGGUUUGUAUGGGAAAUGUGGGUGUUUGGAUUAUGCGCUUAAGCUGUUUGAUGAAAUGCCUCAUAAUAGAGACAUUGCGUCGUGGAAUACUGUUAUGGCGGGUUUAGUGAGUGAGGGUAUGUAUGAUGAAGUGUUUGAUUUGUUGCGUCAACUGUUGCGGAGUGAGGGGUGUGUUGCGGACAAUAUCACGCUUUCGACUGUGUUGACUGCUUGUACGGGGAGUAAUGCGUACUUGGAGGGACAAGGAGUUCAUGCCUAUGCUGUCAAGAAUGGUUUGGAGGGGGAUUUGAGUGUUGGCAAUGCGCUUAUUGGGUUGUAUGGGGAGUGUGGGAGUGUGGGAGAUGUGGCUGCUUUGUUCGAGAGGAUGCCUGCAAGGGAUGCUAUUACUUGGACGGAGAUGAUUACUGCCUACAUGGGUUUCGGGAUGGUGGAGUUGGCUGUGGAGAUGUUUGAUCAGAUGCCAGAGAGGAAUUCUUAUUCUUAUAAUGCUCUGAUUGCGGGCUUUUGUCGAAAUGGUGAAGGCUUGAGGGCGCUGGAUUUAUUUAUGAAAAUGAUGGAGGAGGGUGUGGAGCUGACAGAAUUCACUUUGAGUAGUGUUGUUGGUGCUUGUGGCUUGCUUAUGGACUGCAAAAGUAGUGAGCAAAUUCAUGGGUUUGUCAUCAAGUUUGGUUUUGAUUCAAAUGUUUGUAUUGGAGCUGCGUUGCUUGAUAUGUGCACAAGGUGUGGCCGAAUGGGAGAUGCCAUGAAAUUGUUCCACCAGUGGCCAACUGAGCAGGAAAAAUCUGUAAUUUUGACAUCAAUUAUAUGUGGGUAUGCUCGAAAUGGGCAACUGGAUGAGGCAAUAUCUAUUUUCGACCGAUAUCAAUCAGAAGGGACAAUGGUAAUGGAUGAAGUUGCUUCAACUUCACUCCUUGGUCUUUGUGGAACUAUAGGGUAUCAUGAACUGGGGAAACAAAUCCACUCAUAUGCUGUCAAGUAUGGUUUUCUAGCUGAUGUAGGGGUAGGAAAUGCCACAAUCAGCAUGUACACCAAGUGCUGGAACAUGGAUGAGGGAAUCAAAAUAUUUGGUAUGAUGCGCACUCACGACAUAGUUUCAUGGAAUGUUUUGUUGGCUGGUUAUCUCCUGCAUAGACGAGGUGAUGAGGCCUUAGCUGUCUGGUCGAAGAUGGAGAAGACUGGCAUAAAACCAGACAAGAUUACCUUUAUUUUGAUCAUUUCAGCACACAGGCAUACAAACUCCAGUUCUGUUGAUAAUUGUAGAAGUUUAUUUCUCUCCAUGAAAGCAGUUUAUGACAUUGAUCCCACCCCAGAGCACUUUGCCUCAUUUAUUGGUGUUUUAGGGUACUGGGGUCUGUUGGAUGAGGCAGAGGAUACUAUCAGUAAGAUGCCCUUUAAGCCUGAAGUUUCUGUUUGGCGAGCUUUGCUUGAUAGCUGUAGAAUCCGAAUGAAUACAGCUGUUGGUAAAAGGGUUGUGAAACGUAUACUAGCGAUGGAGCCCAAAGAUCCAUCUAGCUACAUACUUUUAUCAAAUCUGUAUUCAGCAUGUGGGAGAUGGGAUUGCUCUGAAAUGGUGAGAGAUGACAUGAGAAAGAGGGGGUUUAGGAAGCACCCAGGUCGAAGUUGGUUCAUUCAUAACAACAAGAUACAUCCAUUCUAUGCAAGAGAUAAAUCACAUCCCCAAGUAAAAGACAUAUAUAGUGCAUUGGAAAUACUAAUUGUAGAAUGCAUGAAGGCCGGUUACAUUCCAGACACAAGCUUUGUUCUUCAUGAAGUAGAAGAGCAUCAGAAGAAGGAUUUCUUGUACUAUCACAGUGCAAAACUGGCAGCCACCUAUGGGCUUCUGACCAACAAACCAGGAAAACCCAUUCGAGUUGUGAAGAAUAUCCUUCUAUGUGGAGACUGCCAUACUUUCUUGAAGUACUUGUCCAUUGUUGCCAAGAGAGCAAUACAUGUAAGAGAUGCUUCAGGAUUUCACUAUUUUUCAAACGGCCAGUGCUCGUGCAAAGAUUACUGGUGAGUUGUCACAAAUCUUUUGUCCUUUUAAAUUUCCUGUGCCUUUUUGGUAGCCAGUUAACAGUUAUAUAUCAUUGUAACAUAUUUGUAUUUAAAAGUGUAAUUUCCAAUAGUUUUAGAACAAAAGGACUUCUAAAUAGUGGUUGAGAAUAGAUACGAUCCUCUCAUCUUUUGUUACUGUAAAGGUCUUUUGCACUGUGAAAUAGUUUGUAUUAGUAGUUCAGC